AUGUUGCAGCAGCCCCCACAGACUUUGGGCCAGGCUGCGGAUGAAUGCUCGGAUACGGAGCCGCUUGAGGGGAAGAAGGUGCGAGUUUCAUCAGGUGGAGCUUAUGAUGAGAAGCAGGGAUCCGGGUGCUGCUCGGACCGUCUUUGUCGGUGGUUCGUCGGGGUCCUGGUGAUCCUCUACUUAGGGCGGGUGGAGGUUUUCAUGAGAAACAGUAGUUCUCAUGGUGCGGAAAUCUUCCAAGUUCAGCCGACGCCAUACCCGGUGCCAUACCCAGCCCGCUCUGAGCUGCAGAUCUCUGCACCUAUCAAGCCUCCCACCGCGACGCCUCAACUGACUGAGCCGGCGCCGUUGGCGCCUCCGGCACCGUUGGCGCCUCCCCCACCCUGGAAGCUGCGCGGCAGCGACCCGUGUGUGCCCGUGCUUGGGCAGAAUGUCAUCGUGGGUCCGCGGCAAAAAUUUCAGUACGUCCCCAGCGCUUUGGAGACCGCAUGGACGAAGCAAUCUCGUGCCGGACAGAUCUGCCAGCUUGCGAAGGAGCAGAAAGACCUGGCAGGGCAGUGGCUAAACUACUCCAGGUCUGUAUUCAAACCCGUGCCUGGAAUGCGUGCUCGCGACCCGACUCCUUCAGAAGCAGAGGCACUUUCUUACUACCUCGUGGGGGAGGAUAAGAGACCUCAUUGGAUAGAGCCACUGUCAGGCGUUGCGCGCAAUCCGCACGCUGUUUGUGUUGGCACAGUGGGCAUAUUUGACAUCCAGUACUUGAUUCUGGAGGAUUUCUGCGGGAGGCCAGGCCCCAAGCCCAGUGCGAAACUUUUCGACCUGGGCUGCACGACCAAUGCUGGCACCCGUGAUUUUCUAAAUGUAGACUACCGGGCAGGAUCCGGAGCCGGACCUUCCAUCCCGUUGUUCUUCAACAUGUAUAAGGAUCGCUGCGUUGAGUUCGAUGAUAUCUAUGGCUGGGAGAUGGCCGGCCAAGACCAUCGAGCUUGGUGGGGCCCGCUUCCCGAUCACAUUCGGGAACGAACCCGGUUCUACAACGUCCCGGUCAACGAAAACUCCUGUGAAGACACCUUGGGCAAAGACCUUUACGCACAGCGUGGAAGCUUCCUGAACAUGCUUCCGAAUGCCGUGAAGCCAGAGGACUUCGUGGUUUUGAAGGUUGACAUCGAUGGCGGUCCGGAGCUGCAGAUUGUGGAGUCUAUUGCGCGGCACCCUGAGCUUAGUGCUCUCGUUGAUGAAAUCUUCUUCGAGUACCACUUCUACUUUGACGGCCUUAACUUUGGCUGGGGCCAUAUCACCAAGGAUCUCAGAGCAGUAGAGCGGAAUGUGGACACAGCCAUUGAUCUGAUGAAGCGGCUCCGUUUGGCCGGCAUCCGGACUUUGCAAGAGCCCUUCUCCUCGCACCUAGUCGUUAUGGCUACAGCGGUUUGGCUUGAAGAUCUCCUGCUCCGGCUGCCAUCUUUGAGCGCUGUCUUCGUGGUCGUCAAGCUUGGUCCAGAGCAGGAGGUUGUUGCGCACCUGUCCAAACACGAUCAGCAGGUUGUGGGAGGCGAGCUAAUAGGUCGCCUUGGUUUCAUGGCCGUGGCAGAGCAUAUCGCUUGGAGCUUCGACAUUCCGCGGAAGAUCCUGAUGUCCGGUCCCCUUCCUGAGAAGCUAUUCUUCCAAGUCUGGCGCGGGCAAGAACUGCUGGGUCUUGCAGGUCUCCAGGUUCCCCUUCUAUCUGAAGAAGCAAUGCGCGGGCUCUCACUUCCGGGGCGUCCCUGUAUUGAACUGAUGUCCGACGAGCUUUCAGUGCAAGCCACCUCCAGCGGCGAGACGAUCGGGAGCCUCCGGGUAAAGAUCCUGGGAGAGUUUGCUUCCCAGAGGAAGAGCGCCUCAGUGGAGGCUGACCCUGACGUGGAGGAGCCGGAUAGGCAGAGGUCGGCUCCUCCCGGGAACUCUGCGCAAGGAAGCCUCGAGCUUUCCGCAUCGCUAUCAGACAGAGACGUUGCAACGUGGUUCCGGCACCUGUUCUCCAUCAAUCUCGCAGAAGCCUUGCAGAUUUCAUCGGAGCGCAUCGGCAUCAUUAGGGUGGACGGUGGCACCGUGGACUUCGAGAUCGGCCCCGGGCCGCGCCAGGAAGCCCUCUCGGACGAGGCCAUGGCUGAGCUUGCUGCGCAGCUUGCCUCACAAAGCUCUCCGCUGUGGCGCACUGACCUAGCGAAGCUUCUGACAGCCGAGCCGCAGGCCGAUGCUCGAGUGCCACAAAGAAGGGGCGAGCGCAGGCCGGUCUUGGAUGCAGUGCCUGGACACACUGAUCCGUGCGCGAGGGAGACGAGGGAAGAGCUGAUGAGUCUCCUGCAGCAGCGCCUGUUUGAAGUGGUACAAGCGUCGGGAGUAGAGGUGAACAAAGCUUUCACUGUUCUUGACACAAAUCGCGAUGGUUUAGUGGAAGUUACCGACAUGGUCGCUCUUCUGAAUCACCUCGGACUUCCUCUGGCAGAGGAUGCGCUCUAUUUGGCAGAGCAGCUCUCCCAGAAGGAUGAGGGCCAAGUGGAUUUGCUGGACUUCCGCAGGCGUUUUGCUGCCUGGCAAUCCUAUCGGGUUCCUGCGCCUCAAGCUCCUGCUCCUUCAGCACCUUCAGCAUCUUCAGCCUGGGAAGCCUUGCUGCUGCCACAGGGCGCUCGAGCAGAAAGGUGCUUCUUGCUGCCAGCAUUCCUACUCUAUGCAUUGCUGGACCCAGAGGGUUCUGGCCGUGUUGCACCAGAGACGUGGCUCUGCGUAGCACAGAGGUGCUUAGGUCUAAGUGCAGAUGCAGCAGCUGCCACGUAUGGAUUCUGUGAUCAGCAUCGGGUAGGGGCACUGACGUACCGCAACUUUCGGCGCUACCUGCAACGUGUGGACCAGCUGCGUGGACAACGCUUGCCACCGGAGGCCAGCCUGCAGAUCGAUGCAUUUCGACAGGAUAUCCGGGCGACACUUGAGCUAGUGGACCACAGUGGUCCAACAGAACCGUUGAAUCGUCUGGCAGCCGUGGCUGCUUCACUGCAACGGCUUGGGCUCGAUCUAGACCAGGAGGUCAGCGUCGCUGGACUCGAGGAAGUCCUGUCAGAUUUGCGGCUUUCUCCGCAGGUGGCAGCACCGAUCCUGGAGUGGCAGGAGUCUUUGUCUGCAGCAGUCUGGAUAUCGAGGGGAAAAGAUGCUCCGGCACCGAUGACGUACCGCGGGUUUCUGUCGCUGCUACGGCAAGCACGUGCAUUGGUCCAAAGCCACCUCGACCACCUGUUGCGAGCAUGCUUGGUGGCGGGCGUGGACUUGCAAGUGGUUCUGAGCUUCGCGCUGCUGCGACCAAACCAGGCUCUGUCGGCAGAAGAGCUUGCUGGAUCGUUGGCCGCAGCGGGAGUGGACCUGAAGUCCGUGGACCCCAAGGAUGUGCUGCUGACACUGGACCCUCACUGCUGCAAGCAGAUCUAUGCCCCAGAGCUGACGCAGGCUUUUGAGGCUUUCCGUGAAAAGUUCGGCAGCAUGUUGAGUGCCAUAGCUGGGCAGCUUGGCCGGCCACGGAAGCCAGAGGCAAAGGAGGGUUCACUUCUCCUUCCCUUGUCCAAGUUGCGGCAUGCCCUUUUGGUGUGGAGUGGACCUGAGGAUCCGUUCCUCACGGAGGCUUUGUCCAGCGCAGCGCCCAGGUCCUUGCCGGGGGUGCAAAGGGUGUAUAGAGAAAGGGUCUUGGUCCGUGUUUAUGACCUUGGCCAGACUGUUUGGACCAGAUUCCACAACCAGCUCACAAAGAACUAUGGGGCCUUUCAUACGGGGGUCGAGGUGUACGGAAAGGAGUGGAGCUUCGGCAUGUGCAUCGACAAGUACGCGCCUGGAAUCACGUGUAACGAGCCUGGCAAGAACUUGGAUCACGCCUUCCGAGAGACCCUUUCCAUGGGCUACACGCGCUUCUCACCGACAGAAGUUCGCAAAAUUCUUGAAGAAAUGGAGCGGGAGUGGAAGGGUCGCGACUAUCAUGUAUUGACAAAGAAUUGCCAUCACUUUUCAGAUGCGUUUUGCGCUCGUUUGGGUACGCGCCGCCGCUUUUUGCCUGACAUUCUAAAGUAA